AUGGAAUUUGUGACCGGGCUGCCUAUGAGUAAGCUUAAGCAUGAUGUGGUCUGGGUGGUUGUGGACAGAUUAACCAAAUCUGCACAAUUCAUCGCAAUCGCGGAGACUGAUGGUGUCGAAGUAAUCGCGGUCAGAUACAUCGAAGAGAUAGUCCGGCUGCACAGAGUGCCGUGCUGUAUGGCCGAGCAUGUCGAACGCCGUUGUGCUGGACGCCGGUUGCGUAACGAGAUGGCCAAAAAGUUGAAGUUUUUGAAAAUCAAUUUGAAAGAAGCCCAAAACCGACAAAAAAGUUAUGGGGACAAAAGUCGAAAGGAGUUGGAGUUUGAAGUGGGCGACCUAGUGUAUCUUAAGGCGAUGACCUAUAAGGGAAAAGGGCGAUUCACCAAGAGGAAAAAGUUGAGCCCAAGUGAAGAGGAUGAAGUGGUCGAGGAUGUGCCACCUGAAUUGCGAGAAAACCUGACGGUGGAAGCAACGCCUAUUCGAAUCAUUGAUUGCAUGGUAAAGGGAAUGCGCAGGAAAAAGAUUAACAUGGUGAAGAUUUUGUGGAACUGCGGUGGACACGAAUAA